UUUCAAUUCAUCUUCAGAUCAUUUUUUUCCUUCCAUAUGAUAUAUAUAUAAAUUUCCUGGAUGAUGAAAACAAGAAACAGGGAGCCGACCCUUGAUACGGCCGUCCUUGAUAUCUGCCGCCGUGAACUCGGCCGUCUUUCCACCAGAAACUUCUCUCGUCGUCUCGCUUCUUCCCAGGAUCUAGUCUUGAGACUCGAUCUUGCAAGGAAUCUGGAUGAACACAAAGGUUGUGUGAACACUGUAAGCUUUAAUCAAGAUGGAGAUAUUCUCGUGUCUGGUUCAGAUGACAGGAGAGUUAUACUUUGGGAUUGGGAAACCGGGAGUGUUAAGCUUUCCUUUGAUUCUGGUCAUACUAACAAUAUCUUCCAGGCUAAGAUCAUGCCAGGCACUGAUGAACGGAGCAUUGUUACUUGCGCUGCCGAUGGCCAGGUGAGGCAUGCAACUAUCUUAGGAUGUAGGAAAGUGGAGGCAAAAUAUCUAGGAAAACAUCAAGGAAGAGCUCAUAAGCUAGCCAUUGAACCAGGGAGUCCACACAUCUUUUAUACCUGCGGAGAAGAUGGAUUGGUUCAACAUUUUGAUCUGAGGACAGGAAAGCCUACAGAACUUUUAACUUGCCAACCUGUGCGUGGUAGAAAUUUUAGGCAAGUAGUUAAUCUGAAUGCUAUAGCCAUAGAUCCAUGGAACCCUAAUCUGUUUGUGGUUGCUGGAUCUGAUGAAUUUACUAGAUUGUAUGAUAUCCGAAGCUGUAGGUAUGAUGCUUCAGCUGCUUUCGGUAAGCCAGCUGACUAUUUUUGUCCACAGCAUUUAUUGGGUGACGAGAAUGUGGGGAUUACAGGAUUAGGAUUCUCAAAUGAGAGUGAACUUCUUGUUUCUUACAGUGAAGAACAAAUCUAUCUUUUCUCGAAGGAGAUGGGAUGGGGUAGCAAUGUAAAUGCAGCUUUAGAUGAUCAUCUCGCUGUUGAAUCUAAUUCAGAGAUGGAAUCUGACACUAAACCAGGCCCUCAAAUCUUUAAAGGGCACAUGAACUGUAUGACAGUUAAGGGUGUUAGUUUUUUUGGUCCCAACUGUGAGUAUGUUGUUAGUGGGUCGGAUUGUGGUCGAAUGUUCAUUUGGAGGAAAAAAGAUUCAGAGCUUGUUCGUGUUAUGGAGGCAGAUAAGAAAGUGGUGAACUGUAUCCAAUCUCACCCGCAUACACCUAUGCUUGCCAGCAGCGGGAUCGACAGGGACAUAAAGAUUUGGACCCCAACAGCACUCGAGAGGGCACCUCCCCCAUCAGAUAUUGAGCAGUUGAGGCCCAAGAUAAAUAGUUGGAUGCAUCAAAUGAUGUCGCCAAGAGAUAUGGCACUCCAACUUCUUUCACUGCGAAGUCAACGAUGAAGCCCAGAGGAGGCGUAAUGACAACAUAGUCGAAGGUAACAUGCUAGGGUUUAUCCUAUCUUUUGAUAUCAACAGAUUAAAUCAAGAUGGUAGUGAUGAUGAGGAAUCCACAAUUGACAACUCUGUCUGAAUUGUAUAAACUUUUCAUACCAAUGUAUCUUUCGCUAAAGUGUACAUAUAAUGUAGAGAAAUAAGUCAAAGAAAAUAGAGGCCCUUGAUGAUAACUUUAUGGGUUAUCUGGAAGAUAUUGUAAACCUUAACAUAUAUACUUAUGUUUCAGUAAUUGGUGUGUUGAUGA